AUGAAUUCCUUAUUAACAUUGAUCAUCAUCAUUAACAUUAUUAUUAUUACAAAUUUUAAUAUCUUCGUUAUUGCAUAUCCCACAGAAUGGGGACCUUUCAAUAAUCUUCAUGAGACCGAAGUAAUAUCUACUCGUCUCGAUCAUGAUUGCUUUUAUGGAAUGUUAAAGGAAGAAAUAAAGAGGGACGAGAAAUUGUUUGUAAUUAAACAAUUAGUUGAAUAUUGUAUUCGAUCAAGUAUUGAAGAAGAAAUUCAUUUGAAUACAGCUUCAAUCUCAUCUACUUCGACAUUCAAUGAAUUAAAACAAAAACAUAUUACUGUUCAACAUCUUAUUCAAUGGUCAACUCCAAUCGAUCUGAUUGAACAUUAUAGUCGAUUUCUGCUUGAUAAUACAUUUUCAACAAAAGAUCAAUUUUAUAAUUGUACUUCACCAUGGUUUGGACCAUUUUGUCAAUAUCAACUCAUCCUUACAGUACCAUUUCCAACUUACAUACAAGCUAUGCUUGAUAGUGAUAGCGAUCCGACACCAUAUAGAAACAUUACUUGUUACAAUCAUAUGAAAUGUAAUUAUAGUAUUCCUUUGGGAUGUCUCGAUUGGCGCGAUAUAUGUGAUGGAAAAGUUGAUUGUGUUAAUAGUGGUGAAGAUGAAAAACAUUGUCUUGAUCUGGAAUUAAAUCACUGUAGAGAAAAUGAAUAUCAAUGUCGAAAUGGAAUGUGUAUCGAUGAAGAAUUCAUGAUGGAUGAUAUAAUUGAUUCUUUUAAUAUGGGAUGUUUAGAUAGGACGGAUACAAAGUAUUUAAGUAUUGACCAAAAAUAUUGUACAAAUAGGGCUAACUUUCAUUGCGAAGAUAGCAUGUUACAAGAUUUAUCUAAACUUAAUUCUGGAUACGGGCAGUAUUCUUGUUACCCUAUUCCAGGUAGUAAAGACUAUUGUCCUUUUAAUCAACAAAAUCCUAUGUUUGAUCUUCUUUUCUCUCGGCAUAACCCUCAUACCCAAGGAUAUUCACUUUGUUUCAAAAUAUUACUGUGUGCAUUAAAUUGGUUUUCAUUUGAAAUUUCAAACACAUAUUGUAAAACUCUAUGUCAUAACAAACAACAAUGUCGAACUGAAACUCUCCAACAAUGUUCAUCUGCAUUCAUUGGUCCUACUUUUCCAGUGUGGGAUAAUCAUGUAAGAUUCGGUUAUUUUUCAAAUCAAACAUCGAACAAUCCUCAGUUUGUAUGUUAUGAUCAAGAUCUUUGCCCAUUUCUCAUUUCAACACUCAGUGUGGAUAAUUAUACAUGCAUACAUGUUCAUCAAUUAAACCUAACAGAAUCUUUUGAUCUGUAUAAAUCAUUUAUUCCAUGUCAUCGUUCUUAUCAAACUAAAAAUUACAAUUGUUCACAAUCAACUAUGUUACAAUGUCCAAAAACAACUAAAUGUAUUUCAAAGCGACGAAUUAUGGAUGGAUAUGUUGAUUGUCCUGAUGCAUUCGAUGAAUCUAUCUUAGCGAAUUCAUGUGAUUUAGAUGAUCAGAAAUAUCGUUUUCGUUGUACUUCUGAAAAGAAAUGUAUUCGACAUACUAUGGUAGGUGAUGAAAUAAAACAAUGUCUUGGUGGAGAAGAUGAAGACUCUACCGGUCUUAAGAUAAAAAACAUGUAUCAUCUACCCUUUUCACUGUUGUGUGAUAAUUUUGUUCAUUUUAAAUUAUCAGAAAAUGACACUGAUGAGACUCAUUGUGAUCAAUGGCCAUGUGUAAAUCAUUAUACACGUUGUAAUGGAGUAUGGAAUUGUCCAAAUGGAAUUGAUGAAGUCAAUUGUUCAUCACCAUUUUCAUGUCCUCCAAAUCAUCAUCCUUGUCUUUCUUGGAAAACUUCGAAAAUGAAUUGUUUACAUAUUGAUUAUAUUAAUGAUGGUACUGUUGAUUGUCUUGGAGCAACUGAUGAACGAUCUCUUUGCAGAUCAUUAUAUCCUGAUCAGUCUUAUAAACGUUAUCGUUGUUGGAAUGAUACUGAAUGUGUAAAUCCUGCUGUUAGUUGCUUGCUAUGUAACGAACUCGAUAAGUCAAUUGAAUUAUGUCAAACUAAUAAUCUCAACAAUGAUCAUGUCGCUAAUUACUUAAAUUAUAUGAUGGAUAUUCACUUCUAUAUGUAUAGCGAAUCUUUCUUUCAUCUAAUUUUGGACAACUAUCCACCAAUGCAAGUAUCUUUACUUUCAUCUUCAUCGAAAUAUAUACAAAGUACUAAAAUAGCAAACUCAACAUUGAAUUUAAAUGAUUAUAGAUCUAAUCAAUAUGCACAAUCAUGUAAUCAAGGUAUUGAUAUUCUUGUUGGACAAAAUCAAACACUUUAUUGUCUUUGUCCAUCAACUUAUUAUGGUCGUUUUUGUCAAUAUCAAAAUCAACGUGUUAGUUUAACAAUUCAAUUACGACAACAAAAUUUAGUUCAACAACAUGUUAUUAGUCUCAUUGUUCGUCUUGUAGAUCAUACUGGUAUUAUUCAUUCUUUUCAACAAAUUACAUAUAUUCCGAUCAUUGAUUGUGAUACAAAAUAUAAUAUACAUCUUCUUUAUCAUCAUAGACCAAAACAUAUGGAUAAAAAUUAUACAAUCUAUAUCGAUGCAUAUGAAAAAGUAAAUCUUCAUUAUCGAACAAGUUGGUUAUUACCAAUUGAAUUUCUUUUUCUACCUGUUAACCGUAUGAAUGCUGUCUUAAUUAUUCCAUUACAACAGGAUUGUCAAAUAAUAUGUAGUUCACAAUAUUUACAAUCAUUAAAAUUUCAACAUCAUAUUCAUUCAUGUCAAUGUCUUUCAAAUCAACUACUACUUAUGAAUGAACACAAAUGUAAUUGUUCACAAGAUUCACUUUGUUUUGGUUUUGUAAAUAAUCGAUCAAUAUGUCUUUGUUCAAUAAAUAAAAUUGGACCACUUUGUUAUAUUAAUUCUACAUGUCAAAUAAAUCCAUGUCUACAUAAUGGUAUUUGUAUACCUGAUGAUUAUCGUGUAUCAAUAACUAAAUAUGCAUGUACAUGUCCUGAUGGAUAUUCUGGUAGACAUUGUGAACAGAGAGAUGUUAAAAUUGAUAUUUUAUUUUCAAAUAUUCCUAUUCCACAAACAUUUCUUAUUCAUGUUAUCCGUAUUAUCAAACGUAAUCUAUUCAGUUUAGAUCAAUUUCAACCACGAUUGACAAUGUUUCACAAAAUUCCAUAUGAUCAAACACUGAUUACAAUUUAUAUAUCAAUAGAAUUUCAUCUUAUAUUUGCACAAAUCAAUACAAAUUAUUAUCUUCUUGUUCUUCAACAUAUAUAUCAAUCUUCAAUUAAUAUUUCAACACAAAUAUCACCAUCACAAUAUUGUCCACAAAUCGAUGAACUCUUGAAUAAAACUAUCGUGAAUUAUCCAAAGAUAAAUCGUAUUAAGUAUUAUCAUCUUAUUUGUCGACAAUAUUCUCAUUUAAUGUGUUUUCAUGAUAAUGAUUUAUUUAUGUGUUUAUGUACAAAAGAAAAAUAUGCAAAUUGUUUUCAUUUUAAUUUUACAAUGAAUUAUAAUUGUUUAGGACAAAAUGAUUGUUUAAAUGAUGGACAAUGUUUUCAAAAUCAUCCACAUUGUCCAACAAAAACAAUGUGUGUUUGUCCAGAUUGUUUUUAUGGUGAUAAAUGUCAAUUAACUACAAGACAUUUUGGUCUUUCGCUUGAUGCUAUUCUAGGUUAUCAUAUUCAUUCACAUUUAUCAAUCACACAACAAACAAUGCCUGUUCAAAUUAGUCUCAUUUUAGCAACAUUAAUAUUCAUUAUUGGAAUAAUAACUGGAUUUUUAUCAAAUCUAACAUUUCACUCAGAAGCAACACGAAUAAUUGGCUGUGGUUUUUAUCUUUUUAUUUCAUCAAUCACAUCAAUGAUGAUAAUUAUUUUCUCUUAUAUCAAAUUAUGGUUUCUCAUUCUUUCACAAAUGAAUAUCAUUGUAGGAAGAUCUAUUCUUUGGAUUAAUUGUAUUUCCAUAGAUUUUAUUCUUCGUAGUUUAUUAGCGACUACUGAUUGGAUUCAUUCGUGUGUAACAAUUGAACGAUUUCUUAUUGUAUAUUUUGGUAUUCAAUUUGAUAAAACAAAAAGUAGAAAAUAUUCUAAAUUUAUCAUUAUUUUUAUUCUUAUUCUUACUACUCUUUCUUUUCUUCAUGAUCCACUUCAUCGUCGUAUCAUUCACAAUGUAGAAGAACAAAGAACAUGGUGUUUGGUUGAUUUUCAAUUAAAAACUGAGAUCUAUAAUCGAUCGAUUAAUAUCUUUCAUUUUCUUACUCCUUUUUUACUAAAUAUUAUUUUGGUGAUUGCAAUUAUUAUUUUAACUGCAAAAAGACAUACAGCUGCUAAGAAACAAACUACAUUUGAAGAACAACUGAAAACAUUACCACGUUUGAUUAUUUCAUUUCUACCAAAUUGUAUGAAAUCACCGAGAGAAUAUAAAAUCUAUUUAGUUGGUUAUUUUCUUUCAUUCGUUCCACCAGUCUUACAUUUUUUCAUAUUUGUUUUAACAUCUGAUAUAUACACGAAAGAAUUUAAGAUAGUUAUAAGACGAAAAUGGACGCAAAUAAAGCGUUGUGCUCGUCCGAAUCCCUCUUUAUGA